AUGGGCGGGAGGGCCGGUCUGCAAACCGCCAGCCCCACCUGCCUGCCGGGCUGGACUCUGCACCCGACGGGCUCUGGCAAGAUGCUGGGCUGGAGCCUGCUGCUGCUGCUGGCUUCCGUGGGGCGCAGCGAGGCGGCGGAGGAUGGAGAAGUCAAUGCAGAGGCCUGGCUCCGGCUCUACGGCUACCUCCCGCAGUCCAGCCGGCAGAUGUCCACCAUGCGCUCGGCGCAGACCCUGGCCUCCGCGCUCUCCGAGAUGCAGAGGUUCUACGGGAUCACGGUGACGGGCAUCCUGGACGAGGAGACCAAGCUGUGGAUGAAGCGGCCCCGCUGUGGUGUCCCGGAUCAGUUUGGAGUCCAGAUCAAAGCCAACAUGCGGCGGAAGCGGUACGCGCUCACCGGGCGGCGCUGGAGCCAAACCCACCUGACCUUCAGCAUCCAGAACUACACGGAUAAGCUGGGGCGGUACCACUCGUACGAGGCCAUUCGCCGAGCCUUCCGGGUGUGGGAGCAGGCCACGCCCCUUGUCUUCCAAGAGGUCCCCUAUGAUGACAUCAGGCACAAGAGGAGGAAGGAGGCCGACAUCAUGGUGCUCUUUGCCUCCGGUUUCCAUGGAGACAGCUCCCCCUUCGAUGGCGUGGGGGGCUUCCUGGCCCAUGCGUAUUUCCCCGGCCCCGGGAUGGGAGGGGACACGCACUUUGACUCGGACGAGCCCUGGACACUGGAGAACACCGACGUGUCUGGCAACAAUCUUUUCCUGGUGGCCAUCCACGAGCUGGGGCACUCGCUGGGGCUGGAGCACUCCAGCAAUCCCAGCGCCAUCAUGGCCCCCUUCUACCAGUGGAUGGACACGGAGAACUUCCAGCUGCCCGAGGAUGACCUCAAGGGCAUCCAGCAGCUGUACGGUGCCCCUGAUGGGCAGCCCCAGCCCACCCGGCCCCUCCCUACGGUGACUCCCCGCGGCCCUGGAAAGCCAGACCACAGACCCCCCAAGCCACCUCCCCCCGGUAAACCAGAUCGGCCCCCGAAACCAGGCAACCCGGACCAGCCCCGAACCACCGACCGGCCCGACCAGUAUGGGCCCAACAUCUGUGAUGGGGAGUUCGACACCGUGGCUGUCCUGCGCGGGGAAAUGUUUGUGUUUAAGGGCCGAUGGUUCUGGAGGGUUCGCCAUAACCGGGUGCUGGACAACUACCCCAUGCCCAUCGGGCACUUCUGGAGGGGCCUCCCCGGGGACAUCGACGCCGCCUACGAGAGGCACGACGGCAAAUUCGUGUUCUUCAAAGGGGAUCGGUACUGGCUCUUCCGAGAGGCAAACCUGGAGCCCGGGUACCCGCAGCCCCUCACCAGCUACGGGCAGGGCAUCCCCUACGACAAGAUCGACACUGCCAUCUGGUGGGAGCCCACGGGACACACCUUCUUCUUCCGCGGGGACAGGUACUGGCGCUUUAACGAGGAGACCCACUCUGUGGAUCCUGGCUACCCGAAGCUGAUCACCGUGUGGGUGGGAGUCCCUCCCACGCCCAAGGGGGCCUUCCUGAGCUCGGAUGCCUCGUACACCUAUUUCUACAAAGGCACCAAGUACUGGAAGUUCGACAAUGAGCGGUUGAAGACGGAGCCGGGGUACCCCAAGUCCAUCCUGCGGGACUUCAUGGGCUGCCACGAGGCACUGGUGCCAGACCCCGACCCUGGGCACCGAUGGCCUGACCUGGACAGACCUCCCUUCAACCCGGACGGCAGGGGCACGGGCAAUGACCGGGAGGGGGACGAAGGGGAGGCCGAAGCACGCCCCAGCGACCGGGAGGAGGAGGAGGAGGAGGAGGACUACGGCGGCCCCACCCGGGGCAGCGGCAACGACGUGGACAUCGUGGUGCAGAUAGACAAGUACACGCGGACCAUGAGCAUCGUCAUGGUGAUGGUGCCCCUGGUGCUGCUGCUUUGCAUUCUGGGCCUCAUCUACGCCAUCAUCCAGAUGCACAGGAAGGGGGCCCCUCGGAUGCUGCUCUACUGCAAACGCUCCUUGCAGGAGUGGGUCUGA